CCGGGGUGGAGCCAGAGAGGGCGGGGAGUUUAGGCAGCUCCGACCCCUCAGACCCCCCUCAGGAGACCUUCGGAGCCCGGGACAUGUCACGAUUGAGGAGAUACGAGGUGGCGCUGGAGGCGGAGGAGGAGAUCUACUGGGGCUGCUUUUACUUUUUCCCUUGGCUGCGAAUGUGGCGCCGAGAGCGGAGCUCAGCGCACCCCCGGGAGCAGAAGCUGGACCCUCUGCGGGGCCUAAUGAGCUGUCUGUCCAGUGGCCUGGGGCCUGCUCCCCAACGCUCGGGUCGUGGCCUCCUCUGUCGCACCCCCACCACCGCUGCCCAGACAGCCGGAGCAUUAAAGAUUUAAAGCCAAGUCCACCGGACUGCCUUCCUGACUCUACCACCACCGCAGCCACCAUUUAUUUGGACUGGGAGCCCCACUCCGCGCCUGCUGUUUCCUGACAGGGUCUCCCUCCUUGGUCGGAUGGCCUUCUAUGUCAAGGGCCCCUCAUCAGUUUCAGGCUUCCUGUUCCUAUCAGUGACUGCCUCCCUGUCACAGCCUUCCUAAAAAGCACUGGUCACUGGUAGUAGACCACACCUUAUCCUGCAACCCCCAAAUUGCCACCUUCCUCUAACCAGAACUUUGCCAAGUGUCUGAAGAGUCAUUUCUUCCUGAGAGUGAAUCGAAAGCAUCUUAGGGCUGGAGAGAUGGCUUAGCAGUUAAGGUGCUUGUGUGCAAAGCCUAAGGACUCGGGUUGGAUUCCCCAGUACCGGUGUAAGCCAGUUACAUUAGAUGGCGCAUGGCAUCUGGAGUUUGGGUGGCUAGAAGUUGUGGCGGGUCCAUUCUCUGUCUCUGUCUGCCCCUUUCUCUCAUAAAUAAAUAAAUUAAUUAAAUUUAAAAAAUAAA